AGACUGAUAAAAAAUAUGAGUUUAAUAUUUGGACAAUUGGUCAUUGGGCCACCUGGUAGUGGAAAAACUACAUACUGUAAUGCAAUGUGUAAAUUUUUGGAACAAAUGGGUAGAAAAGUAGCUGUUAUCAACAUUGAUCCAGCCAAUGAAAAUAUGGAAUAUACUCCAUUAAUAGAUAUAUCCGAAUUAAUCGAACACGAAGAAGUAAUGACAGAAUAUGGUCUUGGUCCGAAUGGUGCAUUAGUUUACUGUAUGGAAUUUUUAGAAGCAAAUGUCAAAUGGUUAAUUAAUAAAGUUUUAAAUUUGAAGGAUUACUACCUUAUUUUUGAUUGCCCAGGACAGGUUGAACUUUAUACACAUCAUAAAUCUGUUAGUUCAAUUGUUGAGAAAUUGACUCAGAAUUUAAUAAGAUUAUGUAGCGUACAUCUUGUAGACUCACAUCAUUGUAGCGAUCCAGGGAAAUAUUUAUCAUCUCUAAUUUUAUGUACAACUACUAUGUUGCAAUUAGGUCUACCUCAUGUUAACAUUAUGACAAAAUUUGAUGAAAUGAAAAAAUUUAACGAUCGUUUAGCAUUUAAUAUAGAUUUUUAUACAGAAGUACUCGAUUUAAAAUAUCUUCUAGAGAAAUUGGACGAGGAUCCUUUUACAGCAAAGUACAAAAAGCUUAAUGCAGCUUUAGUUUCUUUAGUUGAGGAUUAUAGUCUUGUAAGUUUUAUACCAUUGGAUGUUUCCAAUCAAGCACUUUUGUUACAAGUGAAAAAUGCCAUUGAUAAGGCAAAUGGUUACAUUUUUGGUGGAAACGAACCUAAGGAUGUUCAAACAUUAUUGGCAUGUGCUGUUGGAGCUGUCAGUGAAACUAAAAAAAUGUCUACUAUAGAUGCAUAUCUUUGAAUAAAUAUUAAAUAAUAAUAAUUGUUAUAGUAUAAUUUUUAAAUUAAAUAUAUCCAAAAAAUAUACAUUAUA